UGUGGUUCCAGCGUGAAGCCCCUCACCGGUGCUGUUGUACUUCCUCUGAUCAGCAGUCCAGGCCAGUGUUGUUGGGCAGAGAGACAGGAGCUGCACUACUGAAGGAAGAAUAACAUCCUUUUUCAAGUCGUCUCCUGUUUCUAGUGUGAACCUUCAUAAACACGUAUGGACCUGCUAGAGGAACACUUCUGAAAUCCAGAGAGACUUAGGAGGGGACCAGCAACAAGAAGAAGCUCUGCUACCCAGAGCGUAUAACCUGAUACUCUCCAGACUAACACACCUCACAGAGAAAUGCAGAAAAAUACCAGCAAAGAGAGGAAUCACCACUGCUCUGAAUGUGGAAAGAGCUUUACUCUGCGUUCUUCCCUUCAGAAACACCAGCGCAUUCACACAGGAGAGAAACCGUAUCACUGUUCUGAGUGUGGAAAGAGCUUUAGUGUGCGUUCUUCCCUUCAGAUACACCAGCGCAUUCACACAGGGGACAAACCGUAUCAGUGCUCAGAGUGUGGAAAGAGCUUUAGUGUGCGUUCUUCCCUUCAGAUACACCAGCGCAUUCACACAGGGGACAAACCUUAUCAGUGCUCUGAGUGUGGGAUGAGUUUUAAUCAUAAAAUCUCUCUACAGACCCACAAGCACAUUCACACAGGAGAGAAACCGUAUCCCUGUUCUGAGUGUGAAAAGAGCUUUACUGUGCGUUCUUCCCUUCAGAUACACCAGCGCAUUCACACAGGAGAGAAACCGUAUCCCUGUUCUGAGUGUGGAAAGAGCUUUACUGUGCGUGCUUCCCUUCAGAUACACCAGCGCAUUCACACAGGGGGCAAACCAUAUCAGUGCUCUGAGUGUGGGAUGAGUUUUAAUCAUAAUAGCUCUCUACAGACCCACAAGCACAUUCACACAGGAGAGAAACCGUAUCCCUGUUCUGAGUGUGAAAAGAGCUUUACUGUGCGUUCUUCCCUUCAGUUACACCAGCGCAUUCACACAGGAGAGAAACCGUAUCAAUGUUCUGAGUGUGGAAAGAGCUUUAGGGUGCGUUCAAGCCUUCAGCUUCACCAGCGCGUUCACACAGGAGAGAAACCAUUCCACUGCUCUGAGUGUGGGAUGAGUUUUUCUCUCAAAAGUAAUCUCAAAUCACAUCAGCGCAUUCACACAGGAGAGAAACCUUAUCAGUGCUCUGAGUGUGGGAUGAGUUUUAAUCAUAAUAGCUCUCUACAGACCCACAAGCACAUUCACACAGGAGAGAAACCGUAUCCCUGUUCUGAGUGUGAAAAGAGCUUUACUGUGCGUUCUUCCCUUCAGUUACACCAGCGCAUUCACACAGGAGAGAAACCGUAUCCCUGUUCUGAGUGUGAAAAGAGCUUUACUGUGCGUUCCUCCCUUCAGAUACACCAGCGCAUUCACACAGGAGAGAAACCGUAUCACUGUUCUGAGUGUGGAAAGAGCUUUAGGGUGCGUUCAAGCCUUCAGAUACACCAACGCAUUCACACAGGAGAGAAACCGUAUCACUGUUCUGAGUGUGGGAUGAGUUUUUCUCUCAAAAGUAAUCUCAAAUCACAUCAGCGCAUUCACACAGGAGAGAAACCUUUUCAGUGCUCAGAGUGUGGGAUGAGUUUUUCUCACAAAAGUUAUCUCAAAUCACAUCAGCGCAUUCACACAGGAGAGAAACCUUUUCAGUGCUCUGAGUGUGGGAUGAGUUUUAAUCAAAAGGGUUCUCUCCAGAACCACCAGCGCAUUCACACAGGAGAGAAACCUUUUCAGUGCUCAGAGUGUGGGAAGUGUUUUAAUCAAAAAGUGUCUCUACAGACACACCAGCGCAUUCAUACAGGAGUGAAACCGUAUCAGUGCUCAGAGUGUGAAAAAUGCUUUACUACACGGACUCAGCUCCAUGCUCACCAGCGCAUUCACACAGGAGAGAAACCGUAUUGCUGUUCUGAAUGUGGCAAAUCUUUCACUGAGCAUCGCAGUCUACAAAAACAUCAGCGUACGCACACAGGAAAGAAAGUUGGACAGGGGUAGAUGGGUUCAGAUAUCUACACUGGACUUCAGCCUCCUUAAACCCCACUGAAGCAGAUAAACCAGCAAGGCCAGAAGCGCUAGUAGACUCUCUUCUUGAUGGAUUGGGUUUGAAUAAAUUUUAUGAAUUAAAAUUUAUUUCAUUGCUUUAUAAUAUUAUUCAUUGCUGUGUAAUCCCAUUUCCAAACAUGUUUGCUGUGCAAAAUGCAAAUCAUUUAUACUAUUUCAUUUAAAAAAGUACAAAGGCACCAUAUUAAAUGUUGAAAUUGAUAAAUGUGUGCUCUAGGCUAAAGACCACUCAGCUUGUUAUCACUGCACUGUUUAAAAGUCAGAAUUCAUGAUGGUACAGGGGGGCAUUGCACGUGAUCUCUGUGAAGGCACCAUUAAUACUGAAUGAUAUAUACACAUUUGACAACACACGUGGCCAUCCAGACGACAUAUUUUUCAGGGAAAGGCCCUGAUUAUUUCAGCAAGACAAUGUCAAACCACAUUCUGCAUGUAUUACAACAGCAUUCAAUGGGUGCUAAACUGAACUGCCUGCAAGAAGAGGUGAUGAAACACAGUGGUUUACAUGAUUUGCAAAUCAGUACAUUAAAUUUUUCAUAUUCUGCA